AUGAAAAUAAGCGUCGCAAAAUAUUUUGAAGAUUUGUUAAAUAAUGACGUAGAUCAGAAAUCAACAGGGCAAGCAGCUAUUGAAACAUUAAUGAGGUGCAUUGAGACGUCAAAGGCAACAACAGUAAAUGAAUUAACAGAUGAGCUGAAACGAGCAGUAACUUCCAUGUCAUCCACUGACCACAGUAUUGCAUCAAUUAAGAGUGCUAGCGAAUUAUUUUUAAGGUUUAUAUCGCUUGCUACAUAUGAAGAAAAUAUACAGGAGUUUUCUUUUCUAAUAAACAAGUACAAAGAGCGUGGGAUUAUGUUUAUCAAACAAGUGGGAAUGAGUAAAAUGCUAAUAGCACGCUCUGCUAAACCUUUUAUUGAAAAUAAAAAACACAUACUAACCCAUGCCUUCAGUAAGACUGUUCUGGCAGUAUUGAUGUGUGCUAAAAAAGACGGUAUAGAUGCACACAUUUUUGUUACUGAAUCUUGUCCAAACCAAGCAGGUUAUGCCAUGGUUAAAGCGCUGAAGGAGUGUGGAAUCCAGUGUACACUGAUAUUAGACUCUGCAGUUGGGUACAUUAUGGAAACAGUCGAUUUAGUAAUAGUUGGCGCGGAAGGUGUCAUGGAAACAGGUGGCAUAAUAAACAAAAUUGGAACAAAUCCAAUUGCCGUAUGUGCAAAAGCAAGCAAAAAGCCAUUCUUUGUUAUGGCUGAGAGCAUCAAAUUUGUAAAGGAAUAUCCAUUAACUCAGAACGAUAUACCUAUAGAAUUUAAGUAUGCAGCAUCAACCUUGAAAAACCAUGAAAUUGAUAAAGACUUUUCAAGUGAGCAUCCCUUAGUUGAUUAUACGCCGCCACAAUAUAUCAAACUUCUGUUCACGGAUCUAGGGAUUUUGACGCCUGCAGCUGUUGGUGAUGAACUUAUGAAAUUAUAUGUUUGA